UGAAGGUGGCGUCGUUUUUGUUUGACGCCAUCUUAUAAAUCCGUAUUUCCGGAUCGCGCGCAACAAUGAUCAUUUUCCAUUCCUUUAAGUUCUUAUAGAACCAUGGAAGUGGCACAUCGUGUAAAUUUAUUUGAAACCCGCAUUUUAUGUUAUUUAAUUUAAGUUACUCUUCAGUGUUCGUAAUGAUUGACUGUUUCAAUACAUGCACUGCACAUAAUUGAUUAUACAAAUCUCAAGACCUACAUGCACGAUCGAUUAAAGCAUACCUUAAUAAAAAAAUCUUUACAAGUACUGAGGAUUAUCUAAAUAUACUUAAAUAAAAAGUGUUCUAUAAGCAAAUAACAGUGUAUACGUUCAUGCGGAGGAGAAUAUCAGUGGAUAUAAAAAAGAUACCACGAAUGAAAUGUACUUGACACGUGAGAAAAGAUCUGCAUCUCCAGGGAACAAUCAACCUUGUGUUAAACAAGCGAAAUAUGAACAGAAAUACAAUUUUUCUUCGGCAGAUGUAGAUACAAGCGAAACUGUAGACAAUUACUUAAACAAUGGUGACGCAAAUAUUAAUAAAGCUGUCAAAAAUAAAAAUAAUAGAAGAGGAAGCAUAAGAUAUUCUGAAAAUAAGAAUGGUACUAAAAUAGAAACUACAAGACUGAAAAAGUUUAAUACUAACAACAGUGUUAAUUUCACAGAUAAAAAUAGUAAUAGUAUCGAAAGAUUACAGCUAAAGUACAACUUAGACAAUUUUAAGCUAAAGGAAUUAAGAGUGAUAUUGAAGGACAUCAAAUAUGAUAAACAAAAUGGAAUAAAUGUAACGCAUUCGGAAAAUGAUGUAUGGGAAGUAGAAAACAUUCUUGGAAAGAAAGAACUAAAUGGCCAGUUGGCAUACUUAAUUAAAUGGAAGAAUUGGAGUAACAAAUAUAAUUCUUGGGAGCCAGAACCUAAUUUAAUCAAUUGCUCGGAUAUAUUGGAGGAGUUCGAGAAACGCAGAUUAGAAUUGCUGAAUCACUUACAGAAAACAGUAAACUUCUAUCCUAACAGACAGGAUAUUGAACAAUUUGUACGCAAACUUACAUAUGGGAAAAAGACAAUAAUGUCCCUGUCAGUUAGAUAUGAUAUUCUGUCUAAUGCUUUGAAAAGCUUGAAGUAUGCAACUAGUGAUUCAAAAUUUGAAUUCAUAAAAGAUGGAAUUCUCAGGAUGUUGGUUUUUGAACUGAGAAAAAAACAGUUGGAAUCAUUAUUGCUUUGGGAGAAGGAAAUGAAUACUGUUACUAAAGGUAGACCAACGAUAAAGGUGGAGAACUUCGUAGACUUGGAAGAAGGACCUCAAAAUUUCUAUUACAUAGAUGUUUACCGACCUGGCACUGGAGUAAUAAUACCCAAUGAUCCACCUAUUGGCUGCGAAUGCACUACUUGCAAUUCUAAAGCAAAAUGUUGUUUCGGUCAAUAUGGUACAUACUGUCCUUAUAAUUCUUCAUUUAAGAUCCGAGUUCCACCCGGUACGCCAAUAUACGAGUGCAAUAAGCGAUGCGCAUGCGACAUUAAUUGCAUUAAUCGCGUGGUACAGCGUGGGACAGCGAUGAAACUUUGCAUAUUUAGGACUGCCAAUGGAAGAGGUUGGGGUGUAAAAUCUCUGCAGUUAAUCAAAAAAGGAUCCUUCGUGACACAGUAUGUAGGUGAGGUGAUUUCGAGCGAAGAAGCUGAGAAACGCGGUGAAGAAUACGAUGCUGCUGGCAGAACAUACCUGUUCGAUCUAGAUUAUAAUGAGACUGAAGGUCAAUGUCCCUAUACUGUUGAUGCUGCUGUAUAUGGUAAUGUUUCUCACUUCAUCAACCAUUCUUGUGACCCAAACUUGGCAGUCUAUGCUGUUUGGAUCGACUGCCUUGAUCCAAAUCUCCCGAACCUCGCCUUGUUUGCCACCAGAGACAUUAAGACGAACGAAGAAAUCACAUUUGACUACACGUGUCAGACGUCUAGAAACAGCGAGACUUCUAUUAGGCAAGACAUAUCGAACAAAGAUAAUCUAAACACUGGUACUACUAAGGAUUCUCAAAAUGAACUUGAAAUUCGGCCAGACACCCCGCAGUCCGACUUAUCUUAUACCAAAACUUUGUGUAAAUGCGGAGCCAAGAAUUGUCGACGAUACUUGUUUUGAUUAGUUCUUUAAAUUCAUUAUAUGUAUAAUACUGUAUGCACAUUGACUUCGAUUCCUCAGUUGUAGUAUUGUCAAAGCAUUGUAUAAAAUUACAAAAUCUAAUAAGUCACUCGUCGUCAAAAAUCAUUAUUUUUUGUUUAUGAUUCCUGCUUGAAUAGAUUAUACACUGUAUAAGUAAGAAAUUAUCUCACAAUGUAGUCACAUAAGUGUCAACACAAAGGGUGUCCUAUGAUCUAAGCUGAUCUCACAGAAGAUACAUUUGUAUGAAGUAUUACAUAAUUAUUGUAAUAAUAUGAAAAUUGUUCUAAGCAGCCAUUUUCUGCCAAAAAUUAUUUCAAAACAUAAUGCUUAUUUGUAUAAGUUAUAAUUUUACAUCAAAGGAAUGCCUCAAAAAACUGGUCAGAUUUAUUUGUAAGAUAUGAUAUUUAACUUGACUAAUGCUAGACGCACUAUUUGUACACAUGACUAUUUAUUAAAGGCAAUUCUGAUGUAAUCGUAAUAACACGAAAGAGAAAUCAAUUCAAUGUGACGCAAUGACGCAUAACAAAGUUUACAAAUCUAUAGUAAAAGUAAAUAUUUCUCACACUAUUAGAUGUAUGUUUACUUCUAUGUAAAGUCAUUCACUUACCAAAUUGUUAAAACCCUUUCUUUACUAACAAUAACUACAAUCACAUCAAAAUUGUGAAUUCAAUAAGAACUAUGAUUGGAUUUACUAUUAUAAUUUGUCAUAUACUAAUUUAAGUACUGUAACGAAAGGGUUAAAUACGCUUAAACUAAGUACGACAUUCUGCCUUUUUAGUGAUACUUCCAUAACUGUCGCAGGUCUUUUCAUAUUUCUCAAGAAUUAGCGAAGCUUAUCGAAAGAGAAUGAGAACAGUUCUUAUUCGGUAAUUGAGGAUUCGAAGACCCAAGAGACAAGGUAGAUUUCUUGUUAAGUGAACAGUUAUCGAAGCAUUACAGUAGAUAUUUCUUCGCGCGACUCAAAUUGGCCAGACAUUGAUACAAAAAGAAUGUCUGACGAUAUGAACAAAUUGUUUAGUUCAACCAUAUAAAUUAUAGUAAUGCUUAAGUAAAGGAGAUCAAUGUUUCAUGUUCUGAGUAAGAAAACUGUUACGUGAUGAUUACUCAAUAAGAAAGAAAUUUAUUGAAAUAGUAAAAACCUAA